AUGCCACCAAUUCGCAAUAAAAAUAAGAAAGAUUUAGCUGAGCAAGAAGGACGAAUCUUAUUAGCUAUUUCCGAUUUACAAAAUGGACGAAUCUUGCGCGUGGCUCAAGCUGCAAGGAUUUAUAGUAUACCCCGGGCGACUCUACAAGACAGAUUAAACGGCACUCAACAAAGAUCUCAAUGUGAGGAGGAAUCGCUUGUCAAAUGGAUACUCGAUCUAGAUAAACGUGGAUUACCCCCUCGACACUCUCUUGUACGAGAGAUGGCUGAUUAUCUUCUCUCACAACGCGGAAACCAACAGGUUGGAGAAAAUUGGGUAUAUAAUCUUGUCAAACGUCGUCCAGAGAUUGAAUCAAAGUUCUCACGGAAAUAUAACUAUGAACGUGCCAAGUGCGAAGAUCCGAAGAUAAUCCAAGAAUAUUUUGAUCGCGUACGAGAGGUUAUACUAGAGUAUGAGAUCUUACCAGAAGAUAUCUACAAUUUUGAUGAGACUGGCUUUGCUAUGGGACUCUGUGCGACUGCAAAGGUUAUCACUGGAAGUGAUCGAUAUGCUCAGCCAAAUCUAUUACAGCCUGGUAAUCGAGAAUGGAUAACUGCAAUUGAGGCAGUUAAUUCGAUUGGAUGGGCAUUGCCUUCGUACAUUGUUUUCAAGGCAAAGAAAUACACUCGAUUAGGCUGGUUUGAGGAUCUUCCAGACGACUGGAAAAUCAAUAUUAGCGAUAAUGGAUGGACGACAGAUAAGAUUGGAUUAGAAUGGCUUAAAGCUCAUUUUAUUCCUCUUACCGAUGGCCGUACAUUGGGAAAACAUCGGAUGUUGAUUCUUGAUGGUCAUGGAAGCCAUUUAACUGCUGAAUUUGACCGUACAUGCACUGAGAAUAAUAUUAUUGCAGUCUGUAUGCCUCCUCAUUCUACACAUCUUUUACAGCCUCUUGAUGUUGGCUGUUUUGCUGUUUUAAAGCGACAUUAUGGACAGCUUGUUGAGCAGCGGAUGAGGCUUGGAUUCAAUCACAUUGACAAGUUCGCCUUUCUCACUGCAUUCCCAAAGGCUCGUACGAUGGCAUAUAAAGCUCAAACUGUUCGGAAUAGCUUUACAGCAACUGGAUUAGUACCAUUCAAUCCAGAUCGAGUUUAUCAACAGCUUACUGUUCGAUUGAAGACUCCAACAACCCCCCCAAGUCGGUCAAGUGAUACACAAUCAUCCUGCUUACACACCCCUCAAAAUCCACGUCAAUCCAAGCGCCAAAUGACUACAAUCAAGAAGCGAAUAAGCCGGCAUACAAGAAGUUCAUCUGAGGCUAGUGAUGAAGUGUUUACACGGGCUCCACAUGAGAAGGAGAAGCAAAAACGUCAAAGAUCCAAGCAGCAAAUAUCUCAUGAGCAAGGAAUUACCAGAGAGGAAACUCAAGCACUCGUACAAGGUCAGAUUGAAUCAUCUCAAGCUGUUACUACUGCUCCGGCCGAGCCUGAGCUCCCAGUCUCUCAUCCACCUGUACGACAUCAAUUUCGCUGCAGUGGUUGUGGUGUUGCAGGACAUAAAAUAACUGGAUGUCCUAAUUGUAUUAGGAAUUAA